CCCUAAUUCUGUUUCUUCCCUCUCGUUGCUCUCCUCUUCUCUCGCUGAAAAUACAUCUAAUUUGUCAUCUUUGAGAUUCAGAGCAUGGACAAUCAACGCAGCCCUCAGCUUAGUUGGGCUUACUUCUGGCAGGGAAAGUCAAUGGACGAACUGAGGCAGUCCCUCUUGUACACCACUCUAGAGCUGGAAGAAACAAAGGCCGCAGCACAUGAGGAACUCAGAAAGAGGGACGAUCAACUCGUCAAUCUCAAGGAUCUGCUUAACAAAACCAUUAAAGAAAGAGACGAAGCGCGCGAGAAAUGCCACAAACUUCUGUUGGACAAGCUUGUUUUGCAGCAGCAGCAACAAGCUCCUCUUUCUGGAGUUUCCAGCAUUGAAGACGAACCCAGAAGGGGAAUUGACUCCAACAAUGGCCUCUCUUCAUCAGACUGUGAAGAAAGUAUUGUUUCUUCUCCAGUUAUUGACCAUCUCCCUCAACCCCAAUUGCCACCAGCACCCCCAUUAACGGCGACUCAAUCCAUGAUUGAGUUGGCUCCUGAAAAGCCAUUACCAGAAAAAGGCAAGCUUUUGCAGGCAGUGAUGAAAGCAGGCCCUCUGCUUCAGACUCUGCUUUUGGCGGGACCGCUUCCUCAAUGGAGACACCCACCACCCCCACUUGAUUCCUUCGAGAUUCCUCCGGUCACCAUUCCUUCACCACCGCCGCCGCCGCCAUCAUUACCACCGCAGCUUCUCCUCCAAGAUUCCUUUAUCCAUACUAACGGUGUUAGCAGCACUCCGACCAACUGUGGAAGAAUUAGUAGAAAGAGGGCAUUUUGUCAGGGCUCUGAGAAUCCUACAGAGGCCAAGUACCAAAGGGUUGUACUCCCUUGACCGCCAGAUUUGCCCAAUUAAUUUAUGAUUUUGCAUAUUUACUAGUUAAUAGGAUCAAAGGUUAGAACUUUAGCGCAAGGAAUUGAAAAUGGCAAGCUGGGCGUGCCGUAUGUGACUGAUCUAGCAUCUGUACAGUGGUUUGUUCUAGAGAGGAAGUUAUUCGGAUUUAACUGGUUAAUUAAGACAUAGGCUUUGAGGCAAUUUUAUUUUGGGUGAAGAAUAUGUAAUGGGCAUUUUGGCCUCUUCACAUUUAGUUUUGAUUUGCCUUCUCUGAAUCUGCAAUGUAACUAAUUAGAUAGUUUAGCUCAGCAAGUGAUGAGAGUGUGUGUGGAUGUUUGUGUGAGAUUGAUCCGUAAGGGAGGGAUGGGUGUGGAGUCGUUGGGAUUGGGAGAUGGGUGGGACUGCGGCCAACGACCAAAGGGAAGGUUUUGAGCCCUGCUUGUCGGGUUAUGAGGACCCACAAAUCAGAAUCAGGAUCUGUUAUUAGUGUAGUGUAUGAUUACUCUCUCCCUUUCAUGUUAUUUACUACAAAUAUUUCUGUU